CACUCCUUCCUUUCCUACCUCUUCCCCCCUUUCAAACCUUGUCUUUUGGGAGCUUGAUGGCUUGCUUUUCUGCCCAAGACCGCCGCACAGUAUUCUAAUCUUUCGUCUUCCUCGCCCUCUCCACGCGCCCGACUCCGACCUUCCCGCCCGUCAGCCUUGGCCGUUUUCCCCGUUACGCACGGUCAUUUAUUGUCUGUGGCUGCGACCCAGACAGCUGGAGCCAGCCGCCUCCUUCCUCGACCUUCCCCGCGCCGAAGCUUAACGGAACAAAUCAGAACUAGCCCUUGGCCUGAACGCAACUCUACAUCAUACGAUACCCGCGCAAGCAUUGCCAACGCCCGCCGUCAAAACGACCGAAUCUCCACCCACGCGCAUUCGACGACAUUGAGUUGUAGAGCCCAAAUCCGAUCUUCCCCACACAAACGCUAUCGGCGACGUUUGUUCCAUCCGAUCCAGCACACUUCUUCGACCUCCUGAGCCAACACGCCUCCCCCAUAUCAUAGCCUGCGCGUCAACGACGGCGGAGGCCUCGAUUUCCACCAUGCCUGGGAUUCUGCCCAUGAAAGUGAUCAAGGUGGGCACGAGCUCGCAGAGCCGUAUCGCUCAGGCCUGCGACCGCUGCCGAAGCAAGAAAAUUCGGUGUGAUGGUAUAAGGCCGACGUGCACGCAGUGUGCCAAUGUCGGGUUCGAGUGUCGGACGAGCGAUAAACUGAGCAGGAGGGCUUUCCCCAGGGGGUACACAGAGUCGCUUGAGGAGCGUGUAAGAGCACUCGAGGCCGAAGUCCGUGAUCUCAAGGACCUCCUGGAUGAAAAGGAUGAGAAGAUCGACAUGCUGUCACGGAUGCACGGAAACAGCCGUCGCAUAACUGAGGCGCCCGCCAGCUGCACGACACCGCCUCAGGACCCUAGGAGAGACUUCCACGGCGUCACCCCUCCAAAGGAGGACACUUUCCGUGUCCAGGCGUCUCCUCUCCUUCUGGGCGUCGAGAACUCCGACUCAUAUUUCAUGGGCGCUUCAAGCGGCCGAGCGUUUAUCGAGGCGUUCAAGCGCAAGAUGCAGGAGAGCGGCAAAUCGUGCGCAGACUUCAACACCGAAGCGUUUCUCCACAUCCAAGGCUGCUACCCUCUCGUAGCAAACCCACCCCCCGAGCAGCUUCGUGUUCCGCCACGUCUGUUUUCCGAUCGUUGCGUCAAUGUCUUCUUCCAGGAAUGGGCUGCUCUCUUCCCCGUUCUGCACAAGCCGACCUUCCUCGUUAUCUACGAAGAGUUUGUGGCAGACCCCGAAAAGGUGAAAAGCCACCACAAACUUGCGCAGCUAUAUCUGGUGUUCAGCAUCGCCGCUCUCUCGGGAGAAAACCCCGAUCUCGAUCAGAUUGCGAUUUGUGAGCAGCAGUGGCAGAAGUCGCUUGAGGCCGUCAUGAUGGACAACACCAUCCUCACCCUGCAAUGCCUUAUUUUGGCACUCAUGUUCUGCACCGUCCGGGCGGAUUAUAAGCGCCUCCAACACUACAAGGGCAUCGCCGUCAGUCUGUCCCACAGGCUUGGUCUUCACCAAAGCCAGAAGCGCUUUUCCUUUGGAGCGCUUACCAUCGAGACCCGGAAGAAGGUGUUUUGGACGCUCUACACGCUUGACUGCUUCUCGGCAGCAAUCCUUGGCCUCCCCAAGCUGCUGAACGAGGACGACAUUCAUGCCGAGUAUCCAUCCGACACGGAUGACGAGUAUGUGACGGAGAAGGGCUUUCAACCUACACUCCCUGGCGAAUACACGCGGCUGUCUAGCGCUAUUGCGCUGUUCAAAGCUGCGCGUAUUCUCGCAACAGUGCUGGAGAAGAUCUAUCCAGCUUCAACGUCACAAGAACUGUCCCUGCAAAAGAUGACUGCCCUUGCUGCCGAGAUUGAUGACUGGUCCGAGAAGCUACCUCAGCAUCUCAAGCUCACAUUCAAGCAAGAUAAGCCGUCAACUGACGUUACGGGAAGCCGAUCCCCGCUGCUGGCUUUUGCUUACUACUACAUCCGAACGCUCAUCUUCCGACCCGCACUCGGCUCGAGCCUCGGGUCCAAAGCUGCGCCAGCCAUCUUCGCUGUGAGCGAAUCGAGCAAGCAUAUGAUCCAGAUUGUUCAGCUUCUCGAGGAGAGGAAUAUGUCCUUCUCCUUCUGCCUCAACAAAUCGGAUCUUCUCAUCAUCUGCGGCAUGGAGCUGCUUUACCGAGGCAUCGAUCUCAAGCAGGACAGCAAGCUCCUGAAGGAUACGGAAAGCCUUGUCAAUGCUGUCAUUAAAAUCGUUGGGAAGGCCAAGGCACCCGGCUCUUACGAUUUCAAACGUGUGUCCAACGCGCUAGUCACGGUGGACGACGCCCAGCAGCCCUCGGCGCUUCCUACUCCACCGAGCAACAGUCCUGAGAGUGUGAUUUCUGUUCAGUCUCAGCAGAGGGCAUCACCCCCGGCCGCUGUUCACAGCGCUUCGUCGACCCAGGCCCACCCGAGGAAAGGGUCUUGUUCACUGGGCCGUCUCGCCGGCGCCAGCAUGAGUGAGACUGAUUUGAUAUUGCAGCACGAUCGAAUGCGGAGGAUGACGCUGCCGCAAAAUGUGUCCCGGCCGGAACUGCCACGAUCGAAUUCUCGGUCUUCAUUCGACAGUGUCAGUAAAUACGAAGGACCGCAGCUCUCGAAGCGAGAUCAUCGGGUGUCUCUUUCGCAAGCACACAUGAUGGCGAGGGCAUCUCCACAGCCGAAACCAAACGGGGGCCAGAGUCUCGACUUCCUGUCACUCGGGGGGUCUUCACAACGUUCACAACCACCAUCCCCCGCCCAGUCACGGCCCCGCCACCAACCUGCAGUAACAUCAGCUUCUGCACAACAGCAGGCGCUGUACGCGGCCGCCAGUCAUAAUGGUCAGAAGAUUCCUUCAUCGACGGUUUCGGCAGCCGAGUGGGAGGCGCUCCUGGGAUCUAUGGACGGCGGCCAGGUCAACGUGUAUGACGCCAUUUACGGUGGCCCAGGGAUUUCGUUUGCGGAAACACCCGUUUCGGCGUCCUCCGGGGGUUGGUCACCAGACUCGUGGGACCUUUCAGGGUUCCGGAUCGGCCCUGGCGGCGAACUCGACGGGACGCCGGCACCCCAGAGCGUCCUAAGCAUGAGCGACGAGUCGCUAAGCUCUGGGGGCGAUGACGUCGACCUCGGGCUCGCGGGCAGUAGCAGCGGCCACCUGGAUUAUCGCCGCCGGCUCGUCCCGACAACCAUGACAGCGAGCUCGGACGGACUGAUGCUUGAUGGGUUUGAUACAUAUGGGCUCUAAAAAAUUUCUCGAGUGCUUUUAGCGUUUCUUCAUGCUUCUUGCUUUGGUCAUGCUGGCUAUCCUCUUCCUUGCAAUAGUGCUUCGACUUUUGCUAUGAAUUGCUUUUAUGUAUGGGCGGGUUGGAUUCUCUCGAUCUUGGUAUUCGAGCUAUAUAGGGUCUCUGCGCAGAGUAUUUCUUUGGAUAUAAGGGUAUGUUUGAUGUUUGGGAACGGUUGGAACGAGUUAUGACACGCGAUUUUGGGCCACUACGACGUUGGAGGUUGGAAUUCGCUGAUUUCCUGUUCGCAGAGGCGGUGGACCAAAGCUGGGGAGCCAUGAGAUCUGGCGAAUGAAAAUUCAGAAGCUGCUCAAUGAAGGAAGGUAGUCAAGGGAUUCGACAGUCACUUUUUAUCAUUGG